AAGCUCUCAGACCAUGCUUUCCCUUUGUCAACAGGGAUCCAUUUUCUCACAUGGAUUACUGAUUUAUCUGGAUCGUUGACAGUUUGACCUGAUCCUGGAUUGUGGUGUUCUUCGGAGAUCAGUUUCAUUACAGCAAUCCACCGGUAAAUGCUGUGAAUUUUCCCUAUGGUGAACUCAGCCUACAAGAGAAGAUCUGCAUCCAAACAAACCGAACAACUGAAAUCUGCAAUGAAAGAGGAGAGUGAGGACAUGAGUGAUUCAGAAGCCAGCAGAAUAAAACAUGAAGAUACUAAAGAACAAAGAGACCUGAUGGAAGUGAAGGAGGAAAGUCAAGAGCUGAAAAUACUUCCACAGACUGAAAACUAUUUCACACAGAAAAAUACUGAGAGUGCAGAAGCCAAAAAGUCUUUCACCUGCACUCAGUGUGGAAAGAGUUUCACACGAAAAGAAACCCUUAAGGUUCACAUGAGAGUUCACACUGGAGAGAAACCUUUCACAUGCGAUCAGUGUGGAAAGAGUUUCACACGUAAAGAAACCCUUAAGAGCCACAUGAGUAUUCACACUGGAGUAAAACCUUUUGCAUGUAAUAAGUGUGGAAAGAGUUUUCCAUGUAAAAACGAUCUUAAUCGGCACAUGAGAGUUCACACUGGAGAGAAACCUUACAGAUGUGAUCAGUGUGGAAAGAGUUUCAUAAAGUCAAAAUGUCUCCACGAUCAUCUGCUCUCUCACACCGGAGAAAGACCAUUUUCCUGUGAUCAGUGUGGUAAAACUUUUAAAGUGAAAUCAUCCUUGAAGAUCCACCUGAAAGUUCAUGCAAAGGAGAAGGAUCACUUCUGUUCUAUUUGUGGAAAGGGUUUUACACGGCUUGAGGGCUUGAAAGUGCACCAGAAAAUACAUGCUGGUGUGAGGGAUCAUGUGUGCUUUCAGUGUGGUAAGACUUUUAUUAGAGUCAGCCAAUUGAAAGAUCACCUGAGAAUUCACUCUGGAGAAAAACCUUACAAGUGCUCACACUGUGACAAGAGAUUCACUGAUGCAUCAACCCUGAAAAAACAUGAGAGGAUCCACUCUGGAGAGAAGACAUACCACUGCCCUCCAUUUGGGAAUAGUUUCAACCAAAGUGGUAAUCUACGCAGUCAUAUGAAAAGGCGUCAUCCAAAUUCAAACCCACAAGAGAAGAUCUGCAUCCAAACAGAACAACUGAAAUCUGCAUCAGUGGACUUUGUGAAAGAGGAGAGUGAGAACAUGAGUGACUCAGAAGCCUGUAGAAUAAAACAUGAAGAUACUGAGGAACAAAGAGAUCUGAUGGAAGUGAAGGAGGAAAGUCAAGAACUGAAAAUACUUUCACAGACUGAAAAUAAUUUUACACAGAAAAAUACUGAGAGUGCAGAAGCUAAAAGGUCUUUCACCUGCACUCAGUGUGAAAAGAGUUUCACAAGUAAAACAAACCUUAAAAUUCACAUGAGAGUUCACACUGGAGAGAAACCUUUCACAUGCGAUCAGUGUGGAAAGAGUUUCAAAUGUAAAGGACACCUUAAGAUUCACAUGAGUGUUCACUCUGGAGAGAAACCGCACACAUGUGAUCAGUGUGGAACGAGUUUCUCACGCAAAGAAUACAUUAAGAUUCACAUGAGAGUUCACUCUAGAGAGAAACCUUUCACAUGUGAUCAGUGUGGAAAGAGCUUUACACGUAAAGAAACCCUUAAGAGCCACAUGAGUAUUCACACUGGGGAAAAACCUUUCGCAUGUGAUGAGUGUGGAAAGAGUUUUGCAUGUAAAAACGACCUUAAUCGGCACAUGAGAGUUCACACUGGAGAGAAGCCGUACACAUGUAAUCAGUGUGGAAAGAGUUUCACACAUAAAGAAACCCUUACGAGACACAUGAGAAUCCACACUGGAGAGAAGCUGCACACUUGCCAUCUGUGUGGAAAGAGUCUGGCACAUAAAGACAACCUUAAGAGCCACAUGAGAAUCCACACUGGAGAGAAACCUUACAGAUGUGAUCAGUGUGGAAAGAGUUUCAUAAAGUCAAAAUGUCUCCACGAUCAUCUGCUCUCUCACACCGGAGAAAGACCAUUUUCCUGUGAUCAGUGUGGUAAAACUUUUAAAGUGAAAUCAACCUUGAAGAUCCACCUGAAAGUUCAUGCAAAGGAGAAGGAUCACUUCUGUUCUAUUUGUGGAAAGGGUUUUACAUGGCUUGAGGGCUUGAAAGUGCACCAGAAAAUACACGCUGGUGUGAGGGAUCAUGUGUGCUUUCAGUGUGGUAAGACUUUUAUUAGAGUCAGCCAAUUGAAAGAUCACCUGAGAAUUCACUCUGGAGAAAAACCUUACAAGUGCUCACACUGUGACAAGAGAUUCACUGAUGCAUCAACUCUGAAAAAACAUGAGAGGAUCCACUCUGGAGAGAAGACAUACCACUGCCCUCCAUGUGGGAAGAGUUUCAACCAAAGUGGUAAUCUACGCAGUCAUAUGAAAAGGCAUCAUCCAAAGUCAAAAUGUGUUCUGGUGAGAAGGAAAGUCAUACACACCUGGGAUAUCAUGAGGCCUACAAGAAAAGAUCUGCAUCCAAACAGAACAACUGAAAUCUGCAAAGUUGGAGUUUGUUAAAGAGGAGACUGAGAACACGAGUGAUUCAGAAGUCUGCAGAAUUAACAAAGAGGUUGCCGUCCAUUCUUGAUUCUUCAUUAAUGAUGCUGAGGAACAUGAAGGUCUUAAAGUUUCAAGCAGUUAACCAGAUUUGGUGGAUGUUAUAAGAGCUGUAAAAUAACAUGGCUAAACCAACAAGUAAUACAUGCACAUAUAAAAGACACCAACAUGAUCAUUUCUUUGGACAGCAGUUGUCUGCCAGAUUUUAGAUUAAAAUAAGAGGAUUAAAAUUUAGCACAUCAGUAAUCAUAUAAAACAACACAUUCUCACUCCCAAGGUGUCAAAUGCUGGCACUUGUCAAUGUAUAGACACCAAAAGUGCCCUGUUGAAAUGCAUUGCUUUCAGUGAGAAGCCUUUCGCAUCAGUAGACUAUUGCAUAGGGCAUCAGUAUUUUAUCUUUGUGAAAUUACGUGUUGGGGUAAAAAUUGUAUUUCAUUAGAUUUUUUAGAAGAAUAUUUCAGCUCUGCAGUUCCAUACAAUGCAAGUCAAUGGUGACCAGAAUAGGUCCAAAUACCACAUAAAGUCAGCAUAAAAGUAAUUAUACAAUUCCAGUGGUUAAAUCCAUGUCUUCUGAAGUGAUCCAGUCGGGUCGAGAAUUGUACCUCACACACAUUCUCACACACACUCACUCACUCAUGUUGGUGCAGCUAUCCUUAUGAGGACCCUCCAUAGACAUAAUGAUUUUUAUACUGUACAAACUAUAGAUUCUAUCCCCUAACCCUCACAAAAAACUUUCUGCAUUUUUACAUUUUCAAUAAAACAUUGUUUAGUAUGUAAUUUCCCUUGUGAGGACCACCCAAAAGAUCCUCACAACCAGAAAUGUCCUCACAGAACAGGUUGAUUCUCAAUACUUGGUCCUCACAAAUAUAGCAAAACCUACACACAUACACACAUAAACACACACACUCACACACUCACACAAACACACACACACUCACACACACACACACUCACUCUCACACUCACACACACUCAUACACACACUCACACUCACACACACACACACACACACACACACACUCACACACACACACACUCACACACACACACACUCACACUCUUUUCACUCAUUCUGUCUUACAGGUCAAUCAGUGACUUGUUUUACAUUUCAUUUGUAAUUGGUUUAGAGUUUUGUUUGUUCAGUUUUCAGAGUUGCAUCAAGACUUUCUUUCUCAUGUCAAAUGCACUAAAGAGGACUUUGUUCUUAAGUUACUGUAAAUAAAAAAUAAAUGUACAUACAGUAUAAACAAAUGUAUACAUAAAUAAAACCUGUGGAGGAUGUUGUAAGGGACCGUCUGAACACAUCAACCAUGACAAUGUAUGGAAAUCUGAUCUUUUAAAGAUGUUUAGCAAAUGUUAAAUAGAUUGUGAUGUUUUCCAGAUGAAACGCUCUUAAACAGACAUCUCAGAGAUGUACGUGUGAUACAGUAUCUGGGAUUUGACAUCUUGGGAGUGAGAACAGAUUGCAUUAAAAUAGACACUGGAGUCUUGCUUUCUGCCAUUCACUUUUCUUUUAUUUCACAUUUGUCUCCACUGAAUUACACUUAUGGUGAUUUGGUAUGUUUAUUUUAGACCUGAUGGAAGUGAAGGACAGAUCCGCACUGGAGAGAAGCCAUACGAUGAGAGAAUACAAUGUUAAUGUGCUUAUAUUACCUGCAGUGAAGUCUGAAAAUGGUUUGCUGUUAAAAGACAAACUUGUUAUAAGAUCAUUAAGAGACAGAACAAGUGUUACGGUUUACAGAUGAAAAUAUGUCUAUGAAAGUCAGGUUUUUGUUCAUGCCAGAUUUUCUACUGUGUGAAUUGUUUGAAAAAUCUGUCAAGCUGGGACUUUUGAAUAUGGGAGCAUUAAUGUCAUUUAUGUGUCUCAUAACAAAGGUCAUUAAUGUUUUGUAUAGAGUGUGCUGCUGAUAUACAUGAAAUUACGAGAAGUAAAAAAAAUGCAGCAAAAUCUAGUAUUGAGUAAUUUAUUGAAGGAGAAGAAAAAAAUGCAUUUUAGAUUAAAUCAAAGUGUGUUAACAUUGUAUAUACACUGUUAAAAAAUAAACUAUUCUUU